UACAACAUUUAUUAAUUAAUACUUAAUAUUGAUUCAUCAUAUCUCUUUUUCGCUAUAAUAGUUACGUACAAUUUUGUUUCUGAAAGAAAAUUGUAAUUUGUAUAAUUCAGUGCUCAAAUGAAUUAAACUUUUUUGUGCAAGAUGGGGAAAAAGAGAAAUAUUCAACCACCACCUGUACCAGUACCUGGUCGUGUAAAGAUAGAAAUAAAAGAUGAAUUAGGAGAUAAUGAUGUACUUGUUGCAAGAGAUCGUUUAAAAGGUGCUCUGAGAGAAUUACUACAACAUAGUGAUACAGGAUCAUCAGCAGAUUCAAGUGAAGAAAGUUCUGCGCAAGAUUAUAAACAUUCAAUGAAAAAAAUUGAUAUGUACAGAUCAAAAUCAAUGGGUUUUCAACAACCACGUAAAGUUAGACGCCGUAGACAAGUGCAAAUGGAUACUGCAUUUCAUCAUACUUAUGUAAUGAAAUUAUUUGAUAGAAGUGUUGAUUUAGCUCAGUUUCAAGAAGAUACACCACUUUACCCCAUAUGUAGAGCAUGGAUGGCUAAUCAACCAAGAAAUCCUAAUCUUGUACCAAAAGUACGCAGUCCAAGUCCAGAAAUAGUGAAUGAAGUGAAUAUAAGUAAUAAUAUAUUGGAUAGUAAUGGGGAAGUUCGUGAUGUUUAUUACUUGCCACCUCCACUACCUUGUGAAGAAGCUAUACCUAGAAAUCGUAUACCUUCACCAAUACCUAGAGAAAAAGAAGAAUUGAUUUUAGAUUAUGACGGACAAACCCUAAAAUCACGAGAAAUGUUGUUGAGAGAACAUAGAGUACAUUGGAACACUGUGCGCAAAAAAUGGCAUCAACAAGCACAUAAGAAUGAACUGCGUUUUACGCAAGGUGCAAAUAUAUUAAAUACUAUAUUUAAGAGGGCACAAUCAGAAUUUGAGUAACCCAUUAUCUGGUAGAUUGAUUACUAUCACCCAUUGGAAAUGAUUUCACGCAUGACAGCCACAUGAUGCUUGCGCAGCUGGAAGAUUUCACGUAGUUGUGGAAGUAUAAUUUGAUCAAAUUUUUUAAUAAGUAUUGCACGUUCACUUGUCUGUAAGAGAUAACUCAAGCACUUGUCGAAACGUUUCUUCUUCUAACAAUCGACGUUGUUCUUCUUCCAAUUGUUGUAGUUCCGAAAGUCUUAAUGCCAGUCUUAAUUGUUCCGCCGUGUCUUCGAGCGAGUCAGCAUUUUCUAUGUCACUUGUUUUAUCCAAGUUACUCCGACCGCUCGCACACCCAGCAGUACUGUCUUGACACAGUGCCAGACUUGCCUGAAUCGCUCUGCAUUAAAAAUGAAGUUGAAGAUUUACAAUGACUUAUUAAACAAAUUUCCUAAGAAUAUUAUAUUAUUUUAUGUAAUAUUAAUGAUAUUAUUGCAUUAAACAAAAUUUAUUAUAAUAUUGUUAACAUGUACAAAAGAUAAAACACCAAGAUUAAUUGUAUUUUUCUCUAACAUUUGCUGCAAUUCCCUGAAUUUUCUGCAAAAAUAUUUAUAUAUAUACUUUGUUGUUAAUUUUUUUAUUGUCAAUUCAAAUAUUUAUUAUACAUCUAAUACUGAUAGCAAUCCAUCACCCACCUUUCUGAAUUUGAAUUGUUGCACAAGAACACAUGCAAAAUAAAAUGUUUAAAACUUUUACAAUAAAAGCGAAAUAUCUGAAA